AUGCCUAUUACGAGGGGCCAAAACGAGUCACAUUCGGAGGAAUCACAAGCUACUGGGGGCGAAAAUCGAAGCAAAACACCAAUGGAUCGUGUCACAGUCGUGCAAAAACAGUUGGAAACCAGUUUUAAAGUUGCUCUGCACUUGGACAGUCAAACUGAAACAAUUUUAGAAUCUAAAAACGAGAGAAAACUGCAACGACACAAGGGAAAUUUGGAAGAAAAACUGAAUAAAUUACAUGGCUUGGUAUCAGCUAUGAUAGAACUAACGUUUGAGCAAAGGUUGGAUCUUGAGGCGGUUGAUGAAUGGGCAACUGAACCAAAUAAGGUUAUCGAAGGUUAUGAACACUCUUUGGAGGCUUUGGAAGGUCUUCUACAAAAGAUGGACGACGAUAAGGAGGCCAGGAAGAGACAUGACAUUGAAGCUCGAGAAGAAGAGAAACGGAUGAGAAUUCGACAAGAGGAAGAAGAAAAACAGGAACGAUUGCGAAGACAUGAUUUACAGUGCGAGGAAAUACGACUGCAACGUUGGAACGAGGAACAAAGCACUGCAAGGUUACCUAAGUUGGAGAUAAGUAAAUUUAAGGGAGAUUCACUAGAUCGGAACUGGUUUUGGGAACUAUUUGAGUCAGAAAUUGACAAGACCUCUAAACCGGCUGUAACUAAAUUUGCAUACUUGCGAGAACUAGUGGGUGAACGACCAAAAACUGAAAUACUAGGACUUCCGUACACUGAGGAUGGAUACAAGAAAGCCAAAGAAGAUCUCAAGGCUAAGUAUGGGGUUACAUCAGAGAUCAUUCAAGCUCAUGGUAAGCAAGUUAUGAAUUGAUUUUACCAGUGAUAACAUCAGUUAACUUAAAACAAAUUCAUGAGUUUUAUCUAUUGUUGAAUGUGAGUGUGAACUCAUUGAGAACUCUGGGAAAUCUAGAUACUGCCGAGAUCUUAGUCAGAGAAACUGUAGACAAGUUGGGCCCCAUAAAGGCAGAUCUGACCCGAACAUGGCAAGAGUGUGGGUUUGAUGACCUAUUGACAGCUUUACGAGAUUUUACUCUGAGAAAUCCAGAAAAUCCAGGUAGCAUUGGGGACGAUAAAAAUGGACGGAGACCUCCAAGGGGGGAGAAACAAUUCCAAGGGAAUGAGAACAGUGGACCCAAGUGUGUAUACCGUAAUUCUACUAACCACAGAUGUAGUGAUUGUUAUAAAGUGAAAGAUGUGAGUCGGAGGAGAGAAAUUCUACGAAAGAACAAACUUUGUUACAAUUGUACGGGCAAAGGACAUUGGGCGGCAAGUUGCAAAAGUAGAAAUUCUAGGAAAUGUAGUGGCAAGCACCAUACAUCUAUUUGUUCUGUAAAAGAAGAGCUUUCUUCCCAUUACAUGAUUGGUACAACCAAGGGAACCAUACACCCAACCAUUAUUGUUGUAUCAGGUGGGUAGAAAUUCAGAGCAAUGAUUAACACAGGUGCUGGCAGUUCAUUUGUCUCAUCAACAGUCAUUAAGUACUUAGGAAUUAGACCAACCAAGUGGGAGAACAAAAGCAUUGAAACAAUGACUGACACAGUCAAUCAAAAGGUGCCUUGCUACAAGGUUACACAGAAGUCCACAGAUGGUAGUCAGAGUUUAGAUUUCAAAGUGAAUGAGUUAGACCGGACAGUUUUGACAACCCUUACCAACCCCGGCAUCCAUGGGUUAAAGGAAGCACACCCCCAUCAGAAGGGAAUCCAAUUCGACAAUGAAGACGACCGACCUAGUCACCCAAUACAUUUGAUCCAGAGAGCGGGGGACAUUGCGAGAAUGAAGAUUAGUGAAUGUAGAAUUGGUAGUAUGACCGAGCCGGUUGCCGAAAAGACUACAUUUUGGUGGACACUCAUGGAACAAAGGGAGGAGGACUUGAGUCAUCUCUAUUUUACCAGAACAUUUCAAGACGACUAUAAACAGCUCUUCACCAUGGCUCCUGAGAAACCGGCUCCUGAGAAACCUACAAGGAAGAGAAAGUUUUAUCUGCCACAUAAACCAGUUAUUAAAGAUUCGGCUGAGACCACUAGAGUUCGGAUCGUUUUUGAUGCGUCGGCGAAAGUGAGUUUAAAUGUACCAUCGUUGAAUGAAUGCCUCCAUAAGGGACCCCCACUACAGCCAUUACUUUACAAUGUGCUUGUUAGAAAUCGGUUGAAACCAAUCGGACUGACAGCAGACAUUAAGCAAGCAUUCCAUCAGAUCUGGGUGGACCCAGAAGACCGAGACGUACUGCGAUUCUUCUGGAUUAAAGAUUUAGAGACGAAGGAACGUGUUACACUUCGACAGACGAGAGUUCCAUUCGGAAGUGUAUCAAGUCCAUUCUUACUUCGGGGAACACUUAAUAGACAUCUUGAGAAUUGCCAAAGAGAUUAUCCGGACACAGUGGAGGAGCUUACGAAUAGCACAUAUGUGGACAAUGUAAUUUCUGGAGGUGAAUCUAUCAAGCAAGUGCAAAAGUUCAAGAAAGAGUCUGUUGAACUAUUUAGCCAAGGAGGAUUCCCAUUGCACAAGUGGCACUCAAGUGACUCUCGGUUUGAGGAGCAGCAACCAGCGGUUGAAGAUCAAACAUAUGCAAAGGAGGAGUUGGGUACAAAACCAGCCGAAACAAAGAUUCUCGGGAUGAAGUGGGACAAAGCGAAAGACACAUUAGCAAAUGACUUUCGUGGGUGCAAGCAGACCGGAGAGGGUACGAAGCGUGGAAUGUUACAGUCAAUAGCUAGAGUCUACGACCCUCUAGGGGUAACCUCACCGUUGAUGUUGGAUGCAAAGGAGAUUUAUCGGAAAACGUGCGAAGAGAAACAUUCGUGGGACAUUCCUCUGGGAAAGGAGAUAGCAGAAUCAUGGAAGAAAUGGCGGGAUGGUCUUCCUGAAGAAGUAAGCGUUCCAAGAAGCAUAACCCCUCAUAAGGAGGAGAUAACUGGGAUAGACUUACAUGGGUUCGGAGAUGCAAGCGUGAAGGGGUGCAGUGCAGCAGUUUAUGCAGUAGUUCAUCAGGGGGAGAAGACAACUCAGGGAUUGGCUACAUCCAAUUGCAAAUCAAGAAUAGCGAAGCCAAAUGUCAGCAUUCCAAGACUGGGACUCAUCGCAGGACAUAUGGUAGCAAAUUUAACCGAUAACGUUAGUAGAGCUUUAGCUGGGUACAACAUCUUUGGUGCUUACGGAUAGCUGGACAGCACAGUGGCUCUCUAUUGGAUUAAGAAUAAAGACGGUGAAUGGAAACAGUUCGUGUCCAACCGAGUUGCAAAAAUACAACAGAAAUAGUCAAUCUGGCGACAAUGGCCAACCACCCAAAAUCCUGCAGACAUCGGUAGCCGAGGCGCAAAUAUACAACAGCUGAGAAAUUCUACGUGGUGGGCAGGACCGACAUGGUUAGCUGACGAGAACAACUGGCCAACCGAUAUAUAUAUAACUCUAAAGAAAACCAAGGAAGUUAGCGAAAAACAUAGAGCAACUGUAGAUAAAUUACACACAAUUGUUAUGAAAGAGAACAAUUUGAACGAUCUUCUCGUGAAAUGGAACCUCUGAAAGGUUUUGCGUAUUGUUGCAUGGGUUUUCAGAUUCGUGUCUAACACAACGAAGCGGGGGAAAACGAAAGGCGUUCUGACUACCAAUGAGAUUAAUCAUGCUGAAACUUUCUGGAUAAAAUUCGUUCAGGAAGAAGCGACCAAAGAAGAAAACCAUUCAGCUAUCGCGUCUAAGCUGGAUUUGGAAGCAGAUGAAAAGGGAGUACUAAGGUGCAAAGGACGGAUAAUCGGGGAGCAUCUAGUCUACCUUCCAAGAAUUCAUCGCUUCGCGAGUCUCGUGGUUUCUGAUGCCCACGAACGUACUCUCCACGGAGGAGUAAGGCUAACGAUGGCCUAAAUUCGACAGAAAUGGUGGAUCGAGAAGCUAAGAUCCCUGGUCAAGUCGGUACACAAGUGCAAUACAUGUGUGAAGUACAGAGCAAGACCUCUACCAACACCAACGCAAGCACCGUUACCAGAAUUCCGCACUACGCACAGUCGGGCAUUUGAAACAGUAGGGCUAGACUUCGCGGGACCGAUUUCAUACAAGAUCAAGAAGGGAUUUCAAGGGAAAUGCAACGUGACAUUGUUCACCUGUGCUACAUCUCGAGCUGUCCACCUUCACCUCCUUCCAGAUAUGACGGCGGAAGAGUUAAAAGGAAGUCUCGCGGAAAUUGUAGCACGAAGAGGUCGACCAGCGAAGAUUGUUAGUGACAACGCUAAAACGUUCGUCGUCAUCGCAAAGUGGUUACGAAAACUCAAACGUAGUCAAGUCGUUAACGAUUACCUCGCUCGGCGUGAAAUCCAUUGGCAGUUUAAUCUCGCAAGGAGUCCAUGGUGGAGCGGUUUUUUCGAGCGAAUGAGAAAGAUUCUGACGAACAAGUCGAAGUCAAGGUAAUGGUUAAGCGGGCCAGAUAUCUAAAACGGUGUAAGGAUGUAAUGUGGAAACGAUGGUCGUCAUAAUACAUAAGGGCGUUGCGAGACCGUCAUGGACAAUUGACUGGUAAGAAGUCGGAGAUAAACGUUGGCGAUGUUAUGCUUCUACAAGGUGAAGAAGAGAGCAGAGGACUGUGGAAAAUGGGAGUAGUUGAGAAAUUGAUUGCCGGAAAGGACGGAGUUGUUCGAGGUGCCAUACUUAAAACUGGUAAUGGAAGAAAGGAAAGACCACUUCAACAUCUAUACCUGUUGGAGUUGGCAAGUGCAACAACGAAAUCACAGCAAUCGAAGGCAUUGAAUCCAAAUGCGAAAGCAUUUGAGCCAAGAAAAUCGAGAGCGGCGAAAACAAAGGCGUUACAAAUGAUCGGACAGAUAAUAAGUGAUAUUGCGGACUCUAAGGACAAUUAA